CAUUCAAAAUAUCCUCAGAUCUGCUUCAUUCGUCCCCUCUCUCUCUUAAGAUACUCACCAACGUCUUUCUUGACAUGGGUUUGACGGCAGAAGAGUUUUAACCGGGUAGAAAAGGCAGUGCCCCGAAGGAGAACAACUGAGGGCAUAAGAGCGGGAUAGGCUAUGGGUGUAAAGAACUUAUGGGACAUCUUAGAAUCUUGCAAGAAAACUUUCCCUCUUCAUCAUCUACAGAACAAGAGAGUGUGCAUUGAUCUCUCUUGUUGGAUGGUUCAAUUUCAAAAUGUCAAUAAAUCUCACUCUGCCCUGGCGGAUAAGCUUCAUCUAAGAGGUCUCUUUCACCGCCUUAGAGCUUUAAUAGCUUUGAAUUGCAGUCUUAUCUUUGUAACAGAUGGUGCAAUUCCCGCUAUUAAAUUAUCCACCUACAGAAGACGCCUCAAUCUUGGUUUUGAGCCCAUACAAGAUGAAACAAAUUCCCAGAAACGGCCUUCUUCUCUAAGGAGAAAUGAAGGAUCAGAUUUUUCUCGUAUGAUAAAAGAUGCUAAGCUACUUGGGCUGGCACUAGGGAUUCCUUGUCUAGACGGGAUAGAGGAAGGUGAAGCACAAUGCGCUCUCUUGAACUCAGAGUCACAAUGUGAUGGAUGUUUUACUACAGAUUCAGACGCGUUUCUCUUUGGUGCAAGAACAGUAUACCGAGAUAUAUGCCUUGGGGAAGGCGGUUAUGUUGUUUGCUAUGAAAUGGCUGAUAUCCAAAGAAAACUCGGGUUUGGAAGGAACUCCUUGAUUGCCUUGGCGAUUAUUCUUGGCAGUGAUUACUUCCCGGGAGUUCAUGGCCUUGGUCCGGAAUCAGCAUGCCAGAUUGUCAAAACAGUUGGUAAUGAUGCCAUUCUCCAUAAGAUUGCAACAGAGGGGCUGUUAAUUGGGAAGAAGAAGAACAAGUCAAAGAGACAAGAGGAUAGUAGCAAUCUGAUAUGCAAUAAUAACAAAGAGAAUGAAUCAAGCAUCAAUGGUCCUGGGAAGGAACAGUUAGAGAAAGUAAUCAACGCAUACAUGAAGCCAAAAUGCCACACUGCUGAAUCCAAGGCUGUUCAGAGGGUUCUAGUUUCCUUCCCAUUCCAACGUGCCAAACUGCAGGCGAUAUGUUUCAACUUCUUUGAGUGGCCCUCAGAGAAAACAGAUGAAUAUAUUUUGCCCAAGAUUGCUGAAAGAGAUCUAAGGAAGUUUGCUAAUUUACGUUCUACAUCAACCGAGCAGGGAGUUCAGCUACCACUUCACAAGAUGCCAGUGAAAUGCCCUGUUUCUGCAAUAAUCAAGCGUCGAAUAGUCCAGGGAAUUGAAUGCUUUGAAGUUUCCUGGGAACAACGUGAUGAUGGUCUUAAAACAUCCAUAGUUCCAGCUGAUCUACUCGAGAGUGCUUGUCCAGAAAAGAUUUUGGAGUUUGUGGAAAGUAGAGCUCUAGGGAAGAAACAGAAACCUAAACAACAAAGGGAAAAGAAGUCUGACAAGGUGGCACAUGAGGAUGUAGUCGAUCUACAACUGAAAAAUCUGGUUCUUGAAAUUGAAAGAGAUAGUGAAACAAUUCAGACUUCAACUUUCGCUCGUUUCCCCAUUGGAACUAUGCAGAUCAGACGCCCAUUAGCAGAUAUGACCAACAACAAAAUCACGUUUGGCUCCUCCCCCUCCAAGCCGACGAUAAAGAAGGAUUCUUCGUACGUGGACAUUAUCGAUUUAUGCAGCAGCCCUGAAGGGCAAGUAGCCCGGCCAUGUGUUUCCAAACAUGAACGGGCUAAAGUUGAAGUCAUCGAGCUGAUUGACUCGAGUGAGUCUGAAAGCGAGGCAUUAUCCCCCGAACAUGCAAAGAAGGCGAGAGAUCUGAGGUUGUUCUUAGGAAACAUAUGUGUAAGUUAACGUACUCAUCCAUAUUAAUUAUUUUGAGUUUUUGAUUCAGAAACAAAAUGUGUCUUUCAUAUUAAUGUUUUAAGUUCAAAUAAAAAAUAAAAAUUAUCUGCCAA